CACAUAUGGCAACACAUCUGGCCAUCUAACCAUCUUAUUACAUGCACACUUAAAAAAAAAGUUGCAUUACCUGUGUAGUGAUCGUGAUACCCGUCAAUAAAAUCAGUGAUAAAUUAAAAAAAAAAAUCCUCCAAUUUAAAAUCAUCUUUCAUUUUUUUCUACUCCAGAAAAAAUACUCGCGAUUAUCUUAAGAAAAUAAACUACAGAGAUAACCUUAAUCUAGUCUUAUUACACACACAUAUACAUAUAUAUACGUUUAUAUACGUAUUUUAAAAAAAGAUAAAUGUACACCUAGUUGUUACAAUAUAAGACAUCAGUAACAGCUGUUACAAUUAAUAUAAAUCAUUUUACCAAAAUGACUGCCAUAUAUUGGUCCUUACGUUUGUCAAAAUGACAUUUUUAAUUGACUAAUUAAUAAGUAAGGUGCCGCUGUAAAUUUAAAUAGGAGGUGAUGUAGUCUGUGAUUAAAAUUGUUUAUGAACAAUAAUAAUAAUUAAAUAAUUAAUUAACGUAAUAAAUAAAAUGGCCAAGCGUUUGGGUCUGGGUACUGAAGUACGGGAAUUAAAAUUCGGAUCUACUUUUACUAAUAAUGGAAAUAAUUCUGGUGAUAAGACUUCGUUUCAUACAAUAAAGUAUGACUUCAAACCAGCAAGUGUCGACAUUUCAAAGAUGGCAACAGUAGACGUAGGUCCAAAUAACACGAUGACAGUGACAGUUCCUCACCUUGAUGGUGCUGGUAUUCCUCACACUGUCUUCAAAGGCUCUCAGCGUCCAUGUAGCAAAGAAUGUGUCCUGAUCUUCAACCACCUGACCGGUGAAAUAACUCUAGAAAAAUUGUCAUCGAACAUCCAGGUGAAGAAGACCCGAGUAGAGCAGCGGUCCCAGUCAUCAGUACCACCAUCGGUGCCCACGUCCACGGCUUCCAAUUCAUUGAAUCGUCCCAAUACUCCAAUAGAAACAAAAUUAAAACCCAACAGUACAAGUAACAGUAUACAGGCAUCAAAUAUUAACGCCACUAAUAGUGCCAGGUCCUCUAGCAGGACUAAAGUAACCAGUGGUAAGAAAAGAGAACCCACUAUGCAGUUACAUCCUAAGACAGCAGCUAGUCCACUACGUAGAUCACCUUAUCAUGGUAGAAGUCCAUCGAACAUGCCGUCAACUCUUUCUAAUAAUAUAAGUUCCCCCGCGAGAGCCAUCAGUUCAAGUCAAGGAGCGUUGCCUUCGUUGACCAGCCUUCCAGUCAUCGGCGGCGGUGAUGACAGUGAUAGUGCUUCUGACCUUGAUAACUUCCAAGAAGUACCAGCACGAGCUCCUAAACCUGUCGCUGUUCCUGUAUCCGUACCAGUACCAGUACCCGUUCCUGUCCCUGUUCCUGUUCCUGUAACUGUAAUUAGUUCAAAUUCACAUGAACGAGCUAGAAAUUCGUUGUCAACGAUAGACAAUGAAGUAGGUGUCCUAAGUGAUUCAAGUUCAAGCAGCGGUGACUCGAGUUCUGAUAGUUCCGAUAGUGAUUCGGAUAUGGACAAUGUUCCUAGUGCCACGACAAUUAGUACAAAUGGACAUACUAAUGGGAUUCGAGCAGGUACGUCACCGUUACUUCCGACGACGAACUUGCAAACUAAUUUAUUAAGCGAAGAUCUCCAACUGUCUGAGUCGGAAUCUGAUAGUGAUUGAAAUAAAUAAAUAAAUAAAUAAAUA